AGUUAAAAGAAAAAAACCCAGACCCCAGAAAAAUCUCUGCCUGUCCCUGAUUCUAACUUGGCUGCCUCUCAAAGCCCACAAAAAGAAAGGGAAUUUGGAAGGUGUAGAGCUUUGGGGCCAAGACGUGUUAACUCAAUAUCUGGUCUGGAGCCACACUCAGCUUCUACCUUCAAUUAUCUUGCACGUGUAUUUUUCCAAUUUGUAAUCACUCUUUCUCUCUUUCAUUGCUUGGAACCGCCCGUUUUCCUUCUUUCAAUCUGCAGUAAUGUUGUUUCCUUGGUUGGUUUUGAUUUUAGGAAAAAGAAAACAAAACCCAAAUUAAAACUCGUUUAAAAAGCUUUGAAUUUAUCUCAUUUUUUGAUGUAGUAAGUCUGUUCCUUUGGAAUUUUGACUAAAUUUCCUUCCUUUUGACCCCCUCCUCUCCAAUCAAAGACAAGCCUUCAUCCUUGUCCUCUUUCUCUCCCUGAUUCGGUUCCAUUUUUUUGGAUCCUGAAUUGAUUUUUGGGAAAAUUACUUCCUUUAGAAAAAAAAGGUCUUUUUUAUGUUGUUUGUUUCCAAUUUUAUAGAACAGAUCUCUUCUUGCCAAACCUCCAUGCUAGCAGAAAAGAAGAAGAAAAUAGGUGAAAUUUGGUAAGGUAAUUGGAAACGUUGUCGUUUUGGUAUUGUUAUGUCUGGAGCAGCAGGGCAGGGCGUGGAGCAUGUGGGCUUGCCUAAAAUGGAGACAAAAUCCAAACCCGAAUGUUGCAACCCGGUCAAAAAAUCGGGACCUGUCACAAUGGAUCAUGUUCUCUUAGCAUUACGCGAGACCAACGAAGAAAGGGAUUUAAGGAUUCGGAGUUUGUUCAAUUUUUUUGAUGCAGCCAAUGUGGGAUUUUUGGAUUAUGCUCAGAUCGAAAAGGGUCUCUCUGCUUUGCAGAUUCCGGCCGAGUAUAAGUACGCCAAUGAUCUGUUGAAAGUUUGUGAUGCAAACAGAGAUGGGCGCGUGGAUUACCACGAGUUUAAGAGGUAUAUGGAUGAUAAGGAGCUUGAACUUUAUAGGAUUUUUCAAGCUAUUGAUGUGGAGCAUAACGGAUGCAUUUUGCCUGAGGAGCUAUGGGAUGCGCUUGUUAAGGCUGGGAUUCAAAUUGAUGAUGAGGAGCUUGCUCGAUUUGUAGAGCAUGUUGAUAAAGACAAUAAUGGAAUUAUAACAUUUGAAGAAUGGAGAGAUUUCCUUCUACUCUAUCCUCAUGAAGCUACGAUUGAGAACAUCUAUCAUCAUUGGGAAAGGGUUUGCCUUGUAGAUAUUGGAGAACAUGCUGUUAUUCCUCAAGGCAUCAGUAAACAUGUUAAGAGAAGCAAAUAUUUUAUUGCAGGAGGAAUAGCAGGAGCAACUUCUCGCACUGCAACUGCUCCUCUUGAUCGCCUGAAAGUGGUUUUGCAAGUGCAGACUACACGUGCUAACAUUCUGCCAGCUGUAAAGAAGAUAUGGAAGGAAGAUGGUGUUUUGGGGUUUUUCCGAGGUAAUGGGUUAAAUGUUGUGAAGGUAGCACCUGAAAGUGCUAUCAAGUUCUAUGCAUAUGAAAUGUUAAAGAAUGUAAUAGGAGACAGUAUGGGAGAUGCGAAGGGUGAUAUAGGUGCCAGUGGAAGACUAAUUGCUGGAGGUGUAGCAGGUGCAGUGGCACAAUCUGCUAUCUACCCGAUGGAUCUUGUAAAAACUCGGUUACAGACUUGUGCUUCUGAAGGUGGAAGGGCUCCAAAGGUGCGGAAACUAACCAAGGAUAUAUGGGUUCAGGAAGGACCUCGAGCAUUCUAUAAAGGUCUUGUCCCAUCUCUUCUUGGGAUUAUCCCAUAUGCUGGCAUCGACCUUGCUGUCUAUGAGACCUUGAAAGAUUUUUCAAGGACAUAUAUUCUUCAAGAUGGUGAACCUGGUCCCCUUGUGCAACUAGGCUGUGGAACAAUUUCUGGAGCUUUAGGAGCAACCUGCGUUUACCCUUUGCAGGUUAUUAGAACAAGAAUGCAAGCUCAACGUACUACCUCUGAUGUUCCAUAUAAGGGAAUGUCCGAUGUAUUUUGGAGAACCUUUCAGAAUGAAGGUUAUAGAGGUUUCUACAAAGGACUGUUUCCCAAUCUUCUCAAGGUUGUCCCAGCUGCAAGCAUUACAUAUUUGGUUUAUGAGGCUAUGAAAAAGAGUCUAGAUCUUGGCUAGAGAAGUUCUGCAGUCAGGCUUAGUGGCCUUACAUUUUAUUGCUGAAAAGAAAGUAGAGUUGAUGAUGAAUAUAACCGUAAUAAGAUAAUUCAACAAUUAAGUAAUAUGAUUAUUUGAGUUAUAUGAUAGGUGAUAAUUCCCCUUCAGAGAAUGGGGUGCAUAAUUUUGUAGUAAGAAAAAAUGUUUCCCCAGGCUUACCUAAACUAAAUGUUGAGAAUCGGGUUUAUAAGACAAUGAUGUCUGACUUCCAGGUUGAUAGGUAUCAAACAGUUCAUUUUUUUCUUCCUCCUGCCUCGCAAACUCUUCUUUUUAAUGUCUUUGAAUCCAAUACAAGAGAUGAAGGAUCUCUUAUAGAUGUCGAGUUACUAAAGAUUGAUCUUCAUUUAAUAUGCAAUCUGUUUGUGUUGAAAGUGCUCGUUAACUGAGCACAAAGUAAUGGUUCUUUAUCAUGGACAAGGCUUCUUCUUUUUUUUUUAAUGGGAUUGUUGUUAAAAUGCUAUAGCUGGUUUUAUGCUGGUUUUGGACAGAACUUUUCCAAUUAACAUGAGAAUAAGAUAAUGUUACAUUUCCAUGGUUGAUUGCUACUUAAAAAAAGCCAUUGAGAAGUUUACAGAAUUCUAUUGAUUGUGCUGAAGUAUCAAAUACAACUUGCUUGCCCACAUGUUUUGGCUUCUGAUUGUACUUAAGUACCUGUUUGUGCUAAUAUCAAGUAUGGGUACUCUUUUUUUCAUGCCUUGAGUAGAAAGGCAAAGAAAGAAAAAAAAAUUGCAAUGUCUUGCUCCUGUCCACAUGAAUAUAUGCAAAUAUACUUUUUAAGACAUGAAAGUGCAACAAUUACCAUCAAAAUCUUUGAACUUGAACUUGGUUUAGAGACUAAACUUAAGUGCUGGUGAAACUGAGAAUUUUGUGUACAAAUAGCAUGUCGAUGAAGAAAAAUUUUAUUCAUAACCUGAAACAAGCCAUUCGUCACCUGAGGAAAUCCUGGCAAUAUUGAAGCAACAACUCAGGAGACCCUUUUCACAGGGUCAAUCUAUUCAAAUAGAAAAGAUGAGUCUGAAACACUUUUUUAUCAAGGGAAAUGGAAAGAGCAGAAUAAUGUCAAACAGUGAAAAUCUAACAACUUGGAACAACUCAGUCUGCUAGUAUUUGACAAGCUCAUUUCAAUCUGAACCAUAGACUCAGAGUUUAGACACAAGAGUGAAGAUGAAACACAACAAGAAAAGUAAAACCUGGAAGAAAGGCAUGGCCUUCCCUUUGCCUCAAUGACUUGCCUAGUUGCAUUUUGCCCCUUCAAAUCCUCUAUAAGGAAGAAGUAGGUAACAUUAUGUCAUACAUGCAGUAGUAAUCAUCACCUGUAGUCUUCUUCUUCUUCUUCUUCUUCUUUCUUAUCCACAUUUUUGGCAGGAAAUCUAAGCUCUAAAGCUCAGAGCUCAUAUAGAAGAAAUAACAAGAACAGAUUGCAUUGAAUAAUCAUUGGUUUUU